GCCAGUAAUAGUUGGCUGCAAGUCGAAAUACCGGGACUAGUUUAAAAAAGUUUUGAAAAAAUAUCGUGCGUUCGAAAGUGAUUAGAAAAAGAAAAAAGUGUUCGAGCGGGAAAAUGAAUUAAAAGAAAUAUUUGGUUGAAAUCGAAGAUAUUUUCGUAAAUCAAGUUUAUUUAUGCAGUUCCUGAAAUAAUACUAAAAGCAUCAAGAUGCAGCGAGCGACGACAAGCACCGAGCGCACCCCGCUCGUGCAGCCGACGUACAUGUUUGAGUCCAGCAUGUCACGCCGCUACCAGAAGCGCCUGCGCAACUUUCAGUGCGCCAUUUGCGUCAGUCUGAUGAUAAUCUUAGGCGUGGCUCUGCUGGUAACAGUAGGGUACGACCUCAGCGAGAACCUUAACGACGACAACGAUACAGUAGCGGCAGACAUACCUCAGACUGUGAUCCCUGUACCCGCGCCGACUUCUCCUGGCGUGGGGAACUUGACGUUAUCAGGUCGUCCCAAGCUGACGUCAUCAGCUCGCCAGUUUCCGCCUGUAAGCCUGAACCUGACGGAAACUGCGCCGGAGUUGGAACCGAUACUCAACUUGACGUGGCCUUUGGAAGGCCGACCACCAUCCUCGUGGGUCGGUAGCCCGCCCACACCUGAAGCCAUCUCCUCAGCCGUAGCCCAAGGGAAGAAAGCCUUGAAGAUAAAGUCAGACUUGGAGUUGAAGAGGAAACCUUUGGUAAGGGAUACACCAGCUGGUCGCGCGCAGCGAGCGGCCGCCACCGCAGCGUCUGUCAAACCCAUGGCUGAUGCUGCUUACGCCACCGAAGAAGCCACCAGGAGUCUUAUCAACGGAACUGUGCCACUGAACCGCGAAGGAGGCGUAGGGCUCGGCCCCCCAACAGAAGGAGCCUUCCCCGAACCUACGUACUGUCAGCAGACGCCGCCGCACUGCCCACCCUCCAAGUACCGCACGGUCGACGGCAGUUGUAACAACCGCAACAAUCCACUCCGGUGGGGUGUGUCGCAUACGCCGUUUAGGAGAGUCUUGCCUGCUGAUUAUGCUGAUGGCAUCAGCGCCCCUCGUACUGGAAUCAACGGCACUCCUCUUCCGAGUGCGCGUGACGUGAGUGUGACGGUACACCGACCGAGCUACGCGCAUGAUUCUUCCUUCACCGUCAUGUUGGCAGUGUGGGGGCAGUUCAUAGACCAUGACAUCACCGCCACUGCUCUUAGCAAAGGUGCCAACAGCACCUCACUGUCGUGCUGCGAUCCGUCUCAGCCGCCGCACCCGGAGUGCUUCCCCGUGCCCCUGGACGUGGAGGACCCCUUCUACCAGGACUACAACCUCACCUGCAUGGAAUUCGUCAGAUCAGCCCCUGCUCCCACCUGCCACUUCGGCCCAAGAGAACAACUGAACCAAGCAACGGCUUUCCUAGACGGGUCCACCGUGUACGGCUUCGCAAUGAACCGGACUCUGCAGCUACGAACUGGCGCUGGAGGCCUCCUCCGCAUGCUGAAGGCCGGUGGCAGAGACCUUUUGCCGCCAUCUAAAGACCCCAAUGAUGGUUGCAACACUGCUGAGAUGAACGCCCAGGGACGAUAUUGCUUUGAAACUGGCGACGACCGCGCCAACGAGAACCUCCACCUCACCACCAUGCAUUUGAUCUGGGCACGGCAGCACAACCGCGUCGCGUCAGCUCUCAGGAAACUCAACCCUACCUGGGACGACGACACCGUAUACCAAGAAGCACGGAAGAUUAUCGGAGCGCAGAUGCAGCACAUUACUUAUGCUGAGUUCCUGCCUUCUAUACUAGGAGCGGAUGUGAUGUGGGCUCUAAACCUAACCCUGAAGGAAGACAACUUCUCCCGUGUGUACGACCCUACUGUGGACCCCUCCAUCGCCAACCAUUUCUCAGCAUCCGCCUUCAGAUUUGCACACACCCUGUUACCAGGUCUAAUCCACAGCGCGGACCUCGCCAACGGCAGCAUCAACUACGUCCAGCUGCAUCAGAUGCUGUUCAACCCGUAUGCGCUGUACAACGUGAAGGGCGCCAAGCGAGCGGUCAAGUCUGCCAUGGACACUCCCGUGCAUAGCGUCGACCCUCACGUUACUACUGAGCUAAGCGAGCACCUCUUCGAGCGUCCCAUCGCGGUCAACUCGACCCUUCCUGUGAAGAAACCCGGCCCCUGCGGCUUGGAUCUGGUGUCUCUCAACAUCCAGCGUGGCAGAGACCAUGGUUUACCGCCCUACCCCGCCUGGAGACAACAUUGUGGUCUUUCCAGGCCGAAAAGCUUCGCCGAUCUAGAGGGAGUCUUCGAUGAUCAGUCCAUGGAUAGGAUCAACCAGAUUUACAGCAACGUGGAAGACAUAGACCUGUACACGGGAGCCCUGGCGGAGGACCCUCACGGGCGCCUGCUGGGGCCGACGCUCACCUGCCUCAUAGCCGACCAGUUCCUAAGACUCAAGGUCGGCGACCGGUUCUGGUACGAGACUGACGACCCUGAGGUUGCCUUCACAUUAGAACAACUAACAGAGAUCCGCAAGACAACCCUAGCAGGCGUCAUCUGCGCGAACGAGGAACUCCUCGACCAGGCUCAACCGCGAGUGAUGGAGACUGUAAGCGCCACCAACCCGCUGGUAGACUGCCGCGAGCUGCCGCAGCCGGCUUGGAAGCCGUGGCUGGAGUCCACGGAGGGCAAGCCCAGGAAGGGCAAAGGAUACACCUUACGUGAUUAUGGUGUAGUUAGUCAAUAAAUUGCAGUCAACAAAAAAAUCGCGUAGAACAAAAAGGGCCUCCCUGUCGCCUUAUUGUGAAGACCACCUAAGCGCCUUUAUCAUAAAUCAAAUUCUGAUCUGACUUUCUUCAACAAAAUCUCGAUUACUUUCAAUUAAUUUCAAUCCGGAUAAAAUUGACAGCUCUUUUUAACAGGAUUUUCUUUUACCUUUGAUGGAUUUGCUCUUGGCCCCAGACUUGCCCGAAGGUAUUUGAUGAGGCCUAAGAAGGAGCUCGCCCAGAAGGUACCUGUUCACUCUGGCCUUGAAAGCACCCGGGUUAUAUGCAUUCGGAAAUACAGAAGACGGCAGAGAAUUCCACUCCUUAGCAGUGCGCAUAAUGAAAGACGAUGCGAAUGGAUUGAAAUUAUAUUGUUUAUUGUGAGGUUUUGUUAACAAAAAUCAUAUCCAAAUGAAAAAUUACGUUGUUUGCAAUUUGGAUUAAAAAUAAAUUACACAAUGCUCUUCAAAUACUUAUAAGUAUCGUCUAAAAUUGACAAAAAAGAAAUUUACCUUUUAUAUUUAAAUCUAUUUAUGACCAUUUUCAGUGAAAUGCAAAAAAAAUAUUAUUAUAUGCAAUAAUUUAUAUAAUUGUAUAUUAGUUUGAAAGAAUACUGUGAAUAUUGUGCCAAAAUUUAAAAUAAAAUUUUAUCAAUUGACAUAAUUUUAAUUUUGUUACGAUUGUUACCUAAAUAGGUACAAAUUUGAAUCAGUGUGUCGUUUUUAGUUAAAAAAGUACCUACUACUUAUU